UGCAUUGGAUCAUGAUUUGUAAUGGUCUGUCUCAUGUCUUAUGUCUGUCUUGAGAUUACAUUGCAUGCAUUCUUCACGAGCCAGAAAAUUUGAUUGAUAAAGAGUUCUUGCGAAUUGCAAGAGUGUCAGUCUUCGAAUUUAAGGAAAGGGGUACUCGAUUUGCUCGUCCGCAAACCGAUGAUAGUAAAUGCAAUCACAUGGGGGUCGGAAGUGUCAACGAUCAAUAACAUUAGGAAAAUGAAUUGGUGAAUUGCACGAAGAUCAUUAAUUAAACCAUGGUUGUUGGAGAUCACGAUCGUCUCCUGCCCGGACCAGAAAAUUACGUAAAAUGUUUUUACGAUCUGUUCAAAAGUGUCGCCGAGGCGCAGAGAACAAAAAAUGAGUGGAAGAAAUAUAAGAAGAGCAAAAGCAGUCGUAAGAAAGACAAGAAAAAAGUCGACUUGAAUGGAGAGUUAAGCUGUAACAGUCCUCCGGAAAUUGAAGUCUUGAGCAAUGCUUCGGCAUUUGCUGUUUUUGCCGCUGUCAGAAGCUCUGUCUUAGAAAAACAGACUCGCACCGCCAGCGAAGUAUGUCAUACGUCCAAUUGUAGCUCUCCGCCACCUCCAGAACUCAGUGAUACCAUUGAUAGUGACAGCGACGAUGAAGACAGAAUUUCAUCCACCCAUAGCUUACCAAAGAUCGUCGGAAUAGGGUUGAGAAGCGUUUUUACGUUAAUGAGAGAAAGUCGAACGAUUGAGCCAAAUUUAUGCACUAAGUCCCUGAGCGCACUACUGGACGUAUUACAAGGGCAGCUUCCAGAAGGAUUAAAAUCUGAACCAGACGAUGUUAUUGAUCCAUUAUUCGAUCUUUUACUUGACCUCGCAACAUCUCAUGGUCCUGAAUCUGCAGCAGCUAAUGAUGGCAGUCACUUGACAGCAGUGGCAUGCGCUUGUUUGCUGAGUUUAGUUGUCGUCCGAGGUGACACUGGACGUCUCUUAGCAGCAAUAGCCGCAUUGCUUAUGUCGCCAAGAGCCCUAGCAGCACAGAAUAUUCAAAUGCCAUGCGUUUUGACGUCGCUUCAAAGAAGUGUCCAUGCUGUUUUACUUGGCAAACUCGCACGGCCUGAUUGGAUAACUUACGGAGUUCCUAAAAGUUCUAAGAUUUACACAUCUACGCUUAAGCUACCAAAUGACAUAAACAAUAUAGUUUUGAAUGGCAGAAGUUUUGUGAGUGAUGGAAAGUAUUUGUACCUGCACACGAGUCAUGGAUUACUUAAGAUCGGUAGUGGGCAUGGGGGAACCAUCUGGGGUCAUGUUUAUGCCCAUAAAGCUGACUUUUAUCCAACGGAGACGGGUUGGCUCGGUUAUGCAAAUAGUUCCUUGUAUUUUAAAUGUGCACCUAGAAAGCAGUGCGAGUUGCUGAUACUAGAUACAGAGUUACUGUCCAUAAGAGGCAUUGCCGUUUUAGAAGGAAAAGAUUGGUCUUCCUCAGUUAUGUUUUCUGAUGGUGAAAAUUUAGGAAUGAUAACAGCCGGCAAAGAUGAGGGUUUCGUUGUUCGUACUAUAAAUACGUUGAGCAACCCAGUUACCGUAACGUCAGAACUGCCAUUGAAAUUAGCAAGAAAAUGCGUGGACGUAUUUGGCUAUGCUCUUUUCAACGAAGAACAAGGUGUCCAUAUUUUGAAUCCGGGUUACGACGAUGAAAUCGUGACUGUCGCAGCUGGAAAAGAAUUUGGUUUGCUCAAAACCAUUUCCGGCAAGUUGUUGUACACGGGAAAAGGAAGUUGUGUCGGGAUGAAAAGCAAUACCAGACCUAAUAGAUGGUUAGAAGUGGCAAUUGGAAAGGGUCCUAGGGUAAUCGAUUUCGCGGUAGGUCACGACGGACACCAUGCUAUCUUAGUUCUUGAGGAUGGUUCUGUUCUUUUUGCUGGAACCGCCAAACGCGGAGAGGACGGCGACAGUAGUAAAGUGCGGCGUCAACCAAAGCCAAUGAAGCCAAAGAAAAUGCUCAAAGUAGACGGCCAGGUUAUUGUAGAAGCUGCAUGCAACAAUGGAACCACUGCUCUUGUGACGAAAGAAGGUUCCUUGCUGAUGUUUGGCAAAGACACCUUACACAGUGAUGGCUUAACAGGUCUUGUUACUGAUCUUAGAGACGUUUUCAUAGCGCACGUUUCGUUGGGAAAAGCACAUGCAGCAGUACUGACGAAUAAGGGUCACUUGUAUACAUUUGGCAUUAAUAAUAAAGGACAAUGUGGUCGAGAUUUCACGGCUGUUCAUACUGUUAGCAAAGAAAUUACUGUGAUGGCUAUGGAAACUGGCGCGGGCGAAGAUGAAUUGAUCGUAGCCGAAGAAGAUACAGGAGAAGAAUGGGAAGAAGCGAGAGGUAUGUGUCCUCCUGGGCAACACCAGUGGAGGCAUCGCGUUUGUAUGGUGUGCACAGUGUGUCGGGAAUGUACAGGUUAUAGCAUAUCAUGUCUCAGUAGUAUACGACCCGAUCGGAAUCCUGGACAAGAAUGUGGCUGCGGGGAAGGAGACUCUGGUUGUGCAGAAUGCGGAUGCUGUCGUAUAUGUGCGCGGGAAAAUUGCGACAAUGGAGGGGAAAUGGCAGUGUUGGGUCCUUCAGGAGGUGGUGAUUUGGGAAAAAUUCGAUUGGACAUGAUUUUUGAAGGAAAAGCCGGUUCUAAUAUUCGAGAAUAUAUUCGGAAACGAUUGGAGGAAAGGAAACAGCGACAGAGAACAAAAUCUGGGCCCAGUGCGGGAAAAUAUGGAGUGAAAUUGAAAGGACCCAGCAAUCAAAGAGCAGCUGGACCUAGCGUAAUUAUUCAAAAAAUUGCUUCAGCCAAAAUUCCUUUGGCAAUCAAUAAUCUUGUAGCAGAGGAAGGUGUCGGUGGCAGCGACGCAGAGAGAGGCGAUGCUGCAAGGAUAGCCAGCAUACCACCCGCAAGAGUUCCUGUUCCUGGAGAUAGUCCCGUUGUUCAAGUGUCCUGUGGAUUACAUCAUACAGUGAUACUUUUGAAAAAUGGAGACGUUUAUACGUUUGGGAGCAACAUCUAUGGACAACUGGGUGUUGGUGAUCUGAUUGCCCAUGCAGGUCCUGUUCACGUGAAACUCUCUUCUGCAGCUACACAAGUAGCAGCUGGCAGUAAUCACACUGUUGUUCUAACUGCGAAGGGUGAAGUCUACACAUUUGGUGCUUAUCAAAAAGGGCAGCUAGGCAUGAGUGAGGAGCGGCAACAUGAGGGCGCAAAUUCCUCUCAAUCUGGCCAUAGGUCCGAAAGAUAUCAACCUUGGUACAGUUUCCCUAAUCUAGUACCGAAUGUCGGUCCCAAAUGCGGACGACGAGCAACAUGGAUAGGAGCUUCGGGGGAUCAGACAUAUAUCAAAGUGGAUGAGAUCAAUUCUAUCAGUUUGACUAGAAGCACCGUGAUGGCAAACAAAAACUGCAUAAUUCUGAUUCCUCAUCAAAGCGAUCAUUCCAACUCAUUUAAGUGUCUAGUGAUCAACAAACGGGACGGCAGUUGUAACAGUUAUAGUGGAAACGACCAGGUGGAUUUCAGUCGUUGUGCCGCUUGUCUCGAUCCUCUCUAUAACGUGAUUUGGACCUUUGAUCCAGCUAAUAGUGAAAUAUGUUCCUAUAAUAUAAUUUCGACGGAAGCUAGGAGGAUUCCAAGUUUAGAGGUGUCAAUACUCAGUCCGGGACUAGCGCUGCCGAUAGUGCCAACUUGUUUUGUUACCCGUUCUCAGGCAGCGAUACACUUGCUUGCUUGUUUGGACACACUUACUCAGGCGCAAGAUGACAAGUUGACAAUUGUGGAAGAAAGUGAGAGUAAUCAGUCCACGCAUGGCAAAGUUUACAGUCGAGAGGAUUUCGCCACAGUUGGCAGAUUUGAAAGUCAUGGAGGAGGUUGGGGAUAUUCCGGCCAUUCGAUCGAAGCUAUCAGAUUUAUGGCGGAUACUGAUAUUCUUUUAGGUGGAUACGGUUUGUUUGGGGGUCGAGGGGAAUAUACCGCAAAAAUAAAGCUCUUUGAUAUCGGAAUGGAUGGAGGUGAUCAGGAAAACGACGGCGAACUCUUGGCCGAAACCGAAGAAAUUCCAUACGAGUGCGGACCAAGACAAAAGUAUUCAAUUUUGUUUGAUGAGCCCAUAUCUUUGCAAGCAAACAGAUGGUACGUGGCGUGGGCAAGAGUCAGUGGUCCUUCAAGCGACUGCGGUUCUGGUGGACAGGCGAUGGUUACGGCUGAGGAUCAAGUACUCUUUUAUUUUAAAUCGUCCAAGAGAUCCAACAAUGGAACAGACGUUAAUGCUGGUCAAAUACCGCAAUUGCUUUACCGGAUAAUCACUCCUGAAAAUCAAAGCCCGAACAGGCAAAGAGAUCAGAUUGAACCUGUUUACAUACUUAGGAAAGAAUUUAGCAGAACCGUUACUAAGGAGUGCUUCCAGUCGUUAAUAUCACUUUUACAAUGGAGCUGGAAUACGUUGAAAGCCGAUUUAUCUGACCCGUCGGUGCUCGUAGCUUCUUCCACUCAUACUAUUUUAGAAUUGGAAAAACUAGUUUACAUCAGCAAAGCUAGUUUGAGGUUACUCAGGACAUAUACCAAUGAGAUUUAUCCCAAUUUAGUUGUUAAAAAGACACCAGCAGAGUCCGUGCGACUGGCAGAAUGCAUAGGAGAAGUAAGAGCUCUACUUCGUCAAAUUCUUUCGGAUUCCUUACCCGUUACCAUGAAAAGCAAGGGCAAGACGCGUUCUAAUAAAAGCUCUAAUCUGCUUUUCACCAAAAUGACAAGCAAAAUAUUGGAUGAGAGCCACAAGACAUUUGUAGCGUGUUACCAUGCUUUUUAUCCAACGGCCUAUCUCAAGUGGACCUCCUUAUGUGAACUUUUAUCAGAAAUCGAUAAGGAACAAGGAACAACUUCCAAAGAUCGUCUCCUCUCUGCGGUCCUUGCUUCACUCUGCAACUCAACUGUACGUCUGCGUACUACAUUUCCAAUCAUGAACAACGUCAUGGACAGUAGCGAUAGCAUAAAAAGACAAUUAAGCCCGUCUGAUAACGCUGGCUUGUUAAUGAUGAACUCUACCGAAUCCCAUCACUACCCUAUUCUCGUCGAGCAAAUAAGUUACAAAUCUCAGGUCGAAAGUACAGGAAAGGAAACUCUGAAUUGGUCCUUUCGCGAGGUUCUCGAUAGACUUUUGGAUCUUACCUUGGUCCCAGUCAAGAAGAAUCUCUGCAAAGAAAGCUGCCAAUCGCUGCCGGAUUUGGUACUUCAUUGUUGUUACCUUCUGGCAAGAGUGAUCGCCGAAUUGGCAGCUCAAUCCAACGGAACCGAGGAUGAUCUGCAAGCAGCAUGUGGUCGUCUCCUGUACACAACUCCUUCAAGAUUUACCAGAGUUAAUCAGACCAGGUCCUGGAACACGGGAAAUGGUUCGCCUGAUGCAAUUUGCUUCUCAGUUGACAGACCUGGAAUCGCUAUUGCCGGUGUUGGUGUUUAUGGUGGAGUUGGAGUUUACGAUUACGAAUUAGAAUUGCUCGACGAUCAAAAUAAUACUGGCAAUGAUCCAUCACACACACAGCGAUGGACGAGUCUGGAUUUUACACGAGGUUCCUUCGGGCCUGAUGAUUGUGUUAAUGAUGUUGUGGAUUUGAAAUUCGAUAAGCCGGUACCGAUAAAGGAGAACGUGAAAUACGCAAUAAGAUUGCGGAAUCGAGGAGGUCGAACGAGUAAUGGAGAUGGUGGACUCAGUAUUGUCAAAGGACCUGAUGGAACUUCAUUUACAUUUACAGCUUGUUCCCUGUGCUUCAACGGCACUACGCAAACCAGAGGUCAAAUACCUCACAUUCUCUACUAUUCGAAUCCUCAAGAUUCAGAUGGUCAUCAAACGAGCAAAGCAGUGGCUGAAGUACAAGCAAGGAAAUGUACUUUAGCCAUGACCGCAACAAUCAUUCAACGUGCAAAUGAAAUUCUCGCAUUGGCGCGUGAAAGAGCGGAGGAAAUGUCAUCUACUGAAGUUCUGGGAAACGCAACCUUUGUGACGACACUUUUGCCUUUGGUUAUGGCACAUAUUGGACCGCUAGCCUCCUCUGAUCCGAGAAGCGGAGUACAAGUCCUGUCGCUGAUUCAAGAAAUGCUUCCGCACGUCGCUGCCCUCAAUCUCCUGUCAGGGUCUUCUCCAACCUCCCAAGACAGUGAAAUACAGUUGCCCUUGACAUCGCCCAUCACUACUAGCACGCAUUAUUCUUGGCUGGAGAGCGAACAUCCCUACAAGCCAGCUACAGUUUCUCAUUAUAAAGUCACUUUUCCAGAGACUGUGAAAUGGUUGACAGUAGAGUUCACUCCAGAUUGUGGCACGGCUCAACCAGAAGAUUACUUGCAAUUGUACAUUCCAAAUCUAGUCGCUAAUUCACCAAGAUCUUCUGGAAGUCCGAAUCUAAAUGAGAAUCAAGCGCAUUAUCCUGUGCUUCGGAAAUUGAGCAACGUGCCAAGCCAGUGGCCGCAAAAUGCUGUCGUUCUGCCGGGAAACGAAGUAAUAUUCUCACUCGAGACAGCUUCAGAUUACAUGAAAGAUGAAAGGUCCAUUACAUAUGGUUUCAAGUGUCUGGUCAUUGGCUACAACUGGAUUACUUCCGGAAAUGGCCUGAAAAAUCUCGAGAUGGAAUUAUCCUUUCUUGGUGGAGCUUGUAUGGCUGGCCUUAUGCAGAAACAUCUCACGUUACCACCGGUGUCAACUGACGAAAUCGAAGAGGACUUGGAAGCAGCACAGGAAACGGCAAAGAGGAUUUUCUCCGUUCAUUCGGCCCUCCUAGGACGUGGUUUCGCCCUCGCAUCUCCUCCAACAGUUUCCCAGGCUCUUGACGGUGUCCUUCCAUUCAGUUGCCAUUCGAACGAGCGUCUAUUCCUGCGUGACUUUGUGUCCAGCUCAGCAGGUACUAGUGGAGGACGUCUUGCGAGAUGGCUGCAACCAGACAGCUUCGUGGAGCCCUCAAAAUGCGAGGCACUUUAUUCCAAGGAGGAAAUGAGAUGCGGAUGGCCUGCCAUCGUCACGAUCCUCACCAAAGACCAAUAUGGCGAGAUUGUUCACGUUCCUGGCCUCAAGAUUGAUGUAAAAGCAGUACCAAUAGACAAGAAGGAUAUAUCAGAUGUCGAUCAAGGUAGGAAGAUUCGUCGAGUGUCUCUGCCAGACCCAAUGACAUUUGGUGGUCAUCCUCCACCUUCUCUGGAUGUUCCGUAUGAAGUAACAGUCAACAACAAAAUGAGCUUCUAUGCGAUCACAAUUAUGAAGGCUUAUCAAAAUUAUUCCUUUGAAGAACUGAGGUUUACAUCUCCGGCUCUCAAAAGGUCGAACGAAAGCAUGCUCGUCAGGCCCAAUGGUGAUGGAAGUUACAGUGCUACUUGGACACCUUCUUCCGUAGGCUGGUACUCCCUCAUGAUAACAAUCGACGGUUAUGGUAUGCAAGAUAUUUAUAAGGUUGAGGUGAAAGAACCGCCGCAAGGCAUGCAGCCUCCAACUCAGAAUAUCGUGAAAAAGCCUCAAAAUCAACCUAGCAAACUAAGAAAAUUCGUAGCUAAGAAUAGUGCUGGUCUCAGAAUAAGAGCCCAACCUUCUCUACAAAGUGAACAAAUCGGUGUUGUCUCUGUUUUUAACACUAUAGCUUUCAUCGACGAGAUUCAUAAUGAUGAUGGAGUUUGGGUGAGACUCGAUGCAGAAACAAUAAAAGAUUAUUGCAAGAGCAGUCAUCUAGAAGCCUGGUGCCUUCAGUACAACCAGCAGUUGGGGAAGAAGCUCCUGCAUUCAGUUGAAGAGCAAAAAUCUAUCCAGGAUCAUAUAAUCAAAGAGACUAUUUUGAGGAAGCGACCCGAAAUUGAAGAAACGUCUCGUCGUUUUAGCAAGAGGAAAACUGUGACUUUCAAUGGUGGAAGAAACAUGGUGGUAGUUACCUGCGGUGCUUCUGGUCAUAAUAUUAGAAGCAGACCUAGCUUGAAAGCAGCGCCUGUCGGAAUGUUAGCUCUUGGGAAUAUGGUCACUAUACAAGAAGAUUUUGUGAAUAGCGAUGGAAGAUGGGUUAGAAUUGAUGAUGAUUCAGUCAACAAGUAUUGUUUCGACACUGAAAGCGAAGCCUGGUCCCUUGCAGUCAAUAAAAGCGGUGUAACUUAUAUGAAGUCGGAACAAGAUUUGGAAAACGAUCCCGUGGAAAAGAAACCAACCAUGCCAGACUCUUCCUUUUCAUCCAAUAAAAAAGGUUUCGACUUCUCACAUCCAUCGGGUAGCCACGAUGGAUUCAACUUUAACUCACAAAAUUUCACUCCUAGUACUGGUGGUUCUGGAGAUGGAGGAAAUUUGAAUCCUUUUGUUUUUGGCACCUACAAUCAACACGAUUCCCCAGGAAGUGAUAGAUGUACACCAGAUAAGAACGAUGGAUCGCCAAAAUUCAUAAAGAGUUAUUCUAAGGAGAGGGCCUUCAAGGAGAAAGAGAGUGGAGGAGGAAAAUUCAGCGCCUUACAAAAGUGGUUAAGAGGUGACGAUAAACCCCAUGGAGAAAAAAGAGGUUCGCCGGGCAGGGAUUUUUCCGAGUUUGUUGGAGUUUCGGUAAAAGAAUUGGUGAAAGCUAUGGGCGAGAGUCGUGCAAAUGGAAACGGUGCGACGCCACCAGAAACGCCGAGAAGACUCUCGAGGAGUUCUUCUCCUAAAAAUCCUCAAGGUGGAUCUCCGAGGUUUCAAAGUCGAUCCUCGAGUCCCGUUCCUAUUCCUGGUGGGAGAAAUUUGACAGGAGGGGGGGACAGUGCUAGCAGCAGCCCUUUGCACUAUGGCUCCCCCCGAAGUGUCGGCCUCUCACCUUUAGUAUCAGGAGGAAUGGGCGAUAGCGCCGCAUCCCAUCGUCGUGGAUCAACACAGAGCGACACAAGUGCUCUGGUGAGUAGUUUGACCCGAGAUCCAUCUCAAUCGCCAAGUGGAGUAAGUUCGACAGCAAAUACCAGGGACCUGUCGCCUAGCCCUAGUUGCAGUUCGCUUCAAAUGAGGUCCGAAGGAAGCAUUACUAGUCCACCUGAUACUCCCAAAAAAGACAGCAGUAUCGAUUCUCAGGAUAGUCCACGGAAGGUGUCUCAGGCACAAACUCAAACGAGUCCAGAAAGUGUAACAACAGCGAUGAAGGGUCACUUCAGCAUCGGAUCUUCAGGUGCAAAAGAAGAACGCAAUUCUCCUAAACUGAGUCGUCGAGAUCUCACAAAGGGGACCAAAACACGAACGAAAAGAGCCAUUUCGCCAACGAAUAGUCACCAAACCCCAAGUCCAAAUCGUACUCUCAAUUUGAGCAAAGAUAAAGUCAAGGAGGCAAUAAGUCCUUCCGUUGCAGAAUGCUUACGAGCAGUCUUUGCUGCAUUUCUCUGGCACGAAGGUAUCGUUCACGACGCUAUGGCUUGUGCUAGUUUCCUCAAAUUCCAUCCCACUUUGCCAAAACAGGGAGCUGUAGUUGUCACUAGACAAGCACCUGUUCAGCACAAUGACAAGAACAAAGAAGAGCUGACAAAAGAAAUGAGAGCGAGACAAAGACACUCGGUGGAAGUAUCGAACGCAGGAACUUAUCUGCAUAUUCAACCUAGCACUCUAGAAACUCUCACUCGGUCUGCAGCUUGUGCGAAUAGAAGUAGGAAGAAACCUGAGUCAGGAAUGAUCAAAGAAGAAAUUCAGCCUAGCAACAAAUUAACUGCCCUUCCAGAACUCCAAACCGUCGCAAUUUUACCUCCUGCUCUAAAAAGUUUAGUUUUCCUCUGGGAGGAGCUCAGUACAAACUGCCUUCAAGCGAUCGAGCAACAGACUAUUUUGCCUAGUCCAAUGUCUCACGCACAGCCUGGGAAGCUCGCUAAACGAUCAGCGCCAGAGAAGUUUGGAGAGAAAGUUAAAGAGCGUGAUAAGAAAGGGAGUAGAAAAAAGAAGGAGUGGAAGCCCUUAGGAAGAACUAUAGUUGGUGAUGGAUUAAGUGGUAUUGAGCGCGAGACAACCUGCGAGCUCUGUGGGUUGAUGUUUCCUCAUCCAGUUACCUAUCAUAUGAAGAUGAUGCAUCCUGGCUGUGGCUGGCACGCUGGUGGAAAAGGCUACAACAGUGGAGGGAUGUAUUGUGUUGGUUGGGCCGGAAACUGCGGAGACGGAGGAGUCGGUAGAAGUUCUUGGUACCUGAUAUGCGACACGUGUCGAGACAAGUACCUGAAAGCUAAGAAAAAUAAACUCGGAAAGAAGCUCGUCGCUGGGGUAUCUAGACGAAAAGGCGAAGGGAGUAAAUUCCCUUCCCCAAUUAAUAGUCCCAGUGUUAACGAAACUCACAUCAUUGUGAAGAACAACGCCAUGUUUUUGCUGGAUCUCGCUAGUGCUUCUGGGCUAAGUAUUCCGAAGCAGCAAAGACGUUCUUCACAAACUCUCUCUUCCGUAGCUGAAAACUAUAGUCCUCCAGAGGCGGCUGGCCCGUUUCCUCCCACCGGACCAUUCCAAUGUUUGCAGGCUCUUGGGGUUCACCAGGCGUCGAACAACGACGAUAGGUACUAUGAGGAAAACUUGAGGCGGCAGAGCAGUCAACAUAAUAACUACGAAGGACAGAGCGCUCUCAAUUCCAGUAAUGGGAGACCUUUAUCUGAGUGUCCAAUGAGUGAUAGUGACAGUGACAGUGGAAAGAAUCGAGGUAUGUUCCACAGAUCUGUCUCGAUGUCGACUGGAGCGCCCUGGGCGAAAAACAGCAACGAUGGGCGAGUAGUGAUGAUGCGAAAGAGGAAUAACAGCAGCAGUGAAACAAGCAACGACGGGGGAUCUUCGCUUUUAUGUUAUCCGUCGGCAGCUCUUCAAAAGUUGGUUCCUUCCAUGGAUCAAUCUGCGAUAGUUUCCACCAACCAGGCAGAAAUUGUGAACAACGAUAGGAUUGAAAUUCUGAUGAGGCCAGUGAUGCUCUUUGUUCUUCAGCAGCACAAUUUGCAACAUCUUCAGUUGGCAAUGAAGCAGGCAUUGCGACGAGCAGCCUGUCGGGUCUACGCUAUGCAAGCUUUAAAUUGGCUCCUCAGAAGUGUCACUCAGCCGAUUUGCCUACAGGACUUACUCUGGUGGUUCGUCGCUUCUCUCACGCCGAUAGUUUCGGAUUUGAUGGAUGUCAACGAAGAUGACAACCGGAGUGAAAGGAGGGAAGAUCCCGACAUGGUUGGAGUCUGUGAGCAUCCGUUGAGCGAUUUGGUGAUUGCUGGCGAAGCCGCGAAUCCUUUGCCCACUGCCUUUCAUACCUUGUUGCAGACCAUCGCUGACUUGAUGCUUCUCCCUCCACCGGGCUCUCCACUUCAGCAAGCAGCGGUAAGGUGUUGGGGUAUUAGAUUUACGCCCGCUGAUCAUAUGUUUCUUCACAGAAGUCACGUCUUCAGUAACAUCAGCAAAAUCCUCUCGCGCUCUGAAGAAGAGGAUGACGUGAACAUGAGCAUGCACGAGAGUCAUCAGUCGACUUAUUCGCAACAAGUUACGAGUUGUGUUGAAGCUCUGAAAGACUUAACUCCAGGUCUUGAAAUAAAAGCAUCUAGCAGACAGGCGAUGAUUGGCAGCUUAACUGACAAUUCGACAGAAACGUUCUGGGAAUCAGGAGAUGAAGAUAGAAAUAAAACGAAGACUAUUACAGUAAUCUGCGGAGCUCGGUCCUAUCCACGUAUGGUUUAUAUUCACAUAGAUAAUUGUAGAGACUUAACGCACAAGGUAUCGAGUGUUACUUUCCAGUCAGGACUCAAUACCGACGAAAUGUCCAAAUUACGUACUGUGGAGAUUGAAAGUAGAUCUGCUAGUUGGGUAAAUUGCCCGAUCACGGAUCCAAGGCAUGUGGUUGUUGGACUUGAAUUAAAAGGUCCCGAUAACUCAUUGAGAGUUCGACAAAUCCGAGUUCUUGGUGAGAUCGAAGGAGAUUCGUUAAAAGUGGGAAAGCAGAUGAGUGCUUUGACGAUUCAGCAAAAGAACUGCGAAGCAGAAACACUCAAGGUCUUCCGUUCGAUCACGUCUCAGGUUUUCGGGAAACUGAUUCAAGGAGAACAGCAACAGAUAAUCGAACCUAUGGAAGGAGGUAAUGAUGAACUGGAAGAUAGUAAUGAUCUUCGGGAACACAUGGUGGGAAUCCUCUUCAGUAGAAGUAAGUUGACCCAUCUUCAGAAACAAGUCUGCUCGCACAUCGUUCAGGCUAUUCGCAAAGAGACUCUUCGUCUUAGAGAAGAAUGGGAAACGCUUUUGUGUUCUCCAACACCAGUCAACAGUGUUCUGAGCGAUGGUAGCGAUCUACCAAAAGCAGCUGAUACGUAUUGCUUCGAAAUGUUGUCAAUGGUUCUUGCUUUAAGUGGAAGUUCCGUGGGUAGAAACUACUUGUCCCAUCAGUGUGGACUCUUGAAAGACUUGCUCAGCUUGCUUCAUACUGGCUCUGCUAGAGUGCAGAGGCAAGUGACUUCCUUGUUGAGAAGAAUCAUGCCAGAAAUAAAGCCUGAAACGUUGGCAAAUGUUGUUGGGGUUGAAAGACUGCCGCCUUCGGAUUUUAGUAUUGUAUCAGUGGCAAAUAACGGGCAUUCACAUCACUUGGAAUUUGAUGAACAUUCUCCGGGUAUUUUGGAUGUCUUCCUUAGUUGUAUUGCUAAAGCUUUGACUGUCCAGGUUAAAAUUAAGGGCAAGGAAAAUAAUGGAAAGGCUCUUCAGACGGUUUCAUUAGCUACGAGUAUCCAUCCGAAGAGUUUCGUUGGAGGAAGAUGGUGGCUGAGAGGCUGCAUGACACGAAAACUGGCGGAGGUCAUCAUUCAGUUGCUGAAGGAUAUGGCGUCGGGAAAAUUAUCGGAUGCCUGGGCGGCAAUCACGAAAGCGGCGAUUGCCGAAAAUAUUCUAAACUUAACGAGGAUGGACGAGAAAAGUCGGGAUCCUGUAGAGUGCUUGCAUACUCCAACAAUGUGGUUAGCUCUAUCUUCCCUUUGUGUCUUGGACUCUGAUCACGUCGAGAGACUUUCAUCUGGCCAGUGGAGUGCUGCAGAUGGGCAACCACCUCCUCCAAGACAAACUUGUUCUAAUCACGACGAUGGCGAAACCACCGCCAUCAUCCAGUGCAACACUUGCGGAAACUUAUGCGCCGACUGUGAUCGAGUUCUCCACUUGCAUCGAAGAACCAGAGUGCAUGUGAGACAGGUCUGCAAGGAGGAAGAGGAGGCGAUUCGAGUUGAUCUUCACGAGGGUUGUGGAAGAACCAAGCUCUUCUGGAUCUUAGCUUUAGCCGACAGUCGCACCUUGAAAGCUCUAGUGGAAUUCCGGGAUGGUGCGCCCCAAAAGCCGGCCGGAGUUUCGUCUGGAGUCUGUCGAUUUUGUGGAACAACUGGAAACACUGGACUGCUCGCGAUCGGGAAUGUCUGUGCAGAUCACGAGUGCCAGGAGAAUGCAAAGAUUGCGUGUAACAAGAUUCAUUCUUGUGGCCACAUUUGCGGCGGUGUGCGGAACGAACGAACUUGUUUGCCUUGUCUUCACAGAUGUGCAUCUGGAAGUGACUUGAAGCAAGACGCGGAUGACAUGUGUAUGAUUUGUUUUACGGAGGCGCUUUCCUGUGCACCGGCGAUUCAACUCCAGUGCGGUCAUGUCUUUCAUUUGCAAUGCUGUCGGAAUGUUCUCUUGCAGAAAUGGGUGGGACCAAGAAUCACUUUCGGAUUUUCAUUUUGUCCGAUUUGCAAAGUGCCGAUAGAACAUCCGAACUUGAUGGAACAACUGGCGAGUGUGAAGGCACUCUUUGAGGAUGUUAGGAGGAAGGCGCUGAUGCGGUUGGAAUAUGAGGGUCUGCACAAAGCUGAGGCAGUGACUACGGUCGGUACUCGCUAUUACCAAGAUCCAGCCGCUUACGCUAUGGAUCGUUACGCUUAUUACGUAUGUUAUAAAUGUCAAAAAGCCUAUUACGGCGGAGAAGCAAGGUGUGAUAUACAGCAAGGUGGGGAUAAUUUUGAUCCAGCGGAACUUGUUUGCGGAGGUUGCAGCGACGUGGCCAGAGCUCAAAUGUGCCCAAAACAUGGCACGGAUUUUCUCGAAUACAAAUGUCGGUACUGCUGUUCGGUAGCAGUUUUUUUCUGUUUUGGUUCAACUCACUUUUGUAAUCCUUGUCAUGAUGAUUUUCAAAGGGUUACCAACAUAACGAAAACCGAACUGCCUUCUUGUCCAGCAGGACCCAAAGCCAAACAGUUGGAAGGAGAAGAAUGUCCUCUGCACGUUAAACAUCCACCAACGGGCGAAGAAUUUGCACUUGGCUGUGGAAUAUGCCGCAAUACACACACGUUCUAAUCUUCUGUCUCCAAAGGAAACGGAUUCAGGAGAUUCGGAGAGUCUCCGAAAAUGUUCCAUUAAUGAUAAUAUGAUAUAGAUUUAUUUCACUAGUCUGGAUACGAGCAUAUCGCAAAUGUGUUUAGUACUGUGAAUUAUUUAAUCAGGAGUUAAAGUCAACGGUGAGUUGUUGCCACUAGAAAGUUUGAAACAUUUUGUUUUCAUCGAAUUUCUUUGUUUACUCUUUAAAUUAACAAAGAAAGUGGAAUUGACGAGUAUGAAGAGUGCGAUGCAUGAAUAUUGUAAAACUUGCGAUUUAAUGUGAGGUUCAAAUAUGUGAAAACCAUUCUGUUUGUUAAGAAAUUAGAUAAGUCGUUUUUAUUGAUAAUGCUCGUAAAAGUAGUAGAAAAGGGAAAAAGAAGGAUGAGCGUUUUCCGAGACACGAGCUUUCUGAAUGAUUACUGUGAGAAUUAAAGAAAGUCGGGAUCGAAGGCGCCCAAAGAUGGCCUUUGCAACGCGUUCUAGAAUAAUUAUAAUAUUAUAAAUAAUGAAAGGAUACAUGAUUAGGAUUGCGCGACUUCAAAUUAGAAUUCGAUAGUUAGCGCAGUGUAUGUUUUCGUGUUGUUGAAUGAAGAGUGUUUAGUUGAUGAAUAAUUAAGUAUUAGAAAAAAUGCAUUGAUUGUGUAAAAGAAUAUGUGGGAUGAAACUUUACCGUAAAACAAUCGAACGUGAGUGUGAUUAGUUAGCGUCUUUAAAUUAUUCAAGAUGACAGUGAAUUGUAAACAUUGUACAUUUCUCAUUUUGCAUUUGCAUCUCUUUUUAUACAUUGCCGAUAAUUGAAUGUGCAACUGCACGAGUAUUUUUAAAUUAUUUAUUCUUAUUCCCUGUGUAAUAAUAUAUGAAUUAUUUUCUGCAAAAGAAAAAGUUAUGAGCAGGCGCAUUUCGAACAUUUCAAUGAAAUGGACGAUAUUCUUAAUUCGUAACCUUUAUUACGACUUGUAUUUUCGUUUACCAUUAAAUGAGGGAAUUAAAAA